AAAGUAAGAAAAGUCUCAUGCAAAUCUAGUAAUGGAGCUGAUCUUGCUACUUUGUGUUGUGUUCUUUGCUUUGCAAACAACCUGUUCUUCUCUUCAAAUUCACGUGCAGUCCUCACAUCAACAAGCAUACGAAGCCCAGCAGCUUUCUCCACCAACACUGCCUAGGAAACUCAUGAGAAUCACUGAGGAAACGAGUUCAAAAGUAAAUGGAGCACAAGAAGCAAUACCAAACAAACAGCUGUCUGCCAGAGAUAAUACUUCAGGUAAAUGGAACAAAUACCAGAACGAGCAAGUCCAGAAACAUGGAAGUGGAGGGACAAGGGAAGAAUGGGCGGAAGGAGCUGACAGCUCCCAGUUUUUUACAAUGGAUUAUUCCCAUGUAAGAAGACGACAACCCAUACAUAACAAGUCCCUGCCCGUUUCUCCCUGAAACCCGGGACAGGAUAUAUCUGAAUACACAACAAAACUCAUGUGGUUGGCUGCAAUUUUGUGAAAAGCAGUUGUACUGUAUGAAUACAACUAGGUAGGAAAAGGAGGAACUGUGUCUUGUUUCAUUUCUGUCAUGGCCGACAAAGAGGAGCAAAACCAUAGUUUUUGUUUUGUCAAGUGUUUGUAAUUUACUAUUAGUCAAAUGGGGUUUGCCAACCCCAACAUUUUGGUAUUUGCAAACAUACGUUCCCUGCUUGUAAAGUCUGGAAUUUUUUUAAUUAAUUAUCAUCUCAAGU